AUGCAGCUUCCUCCUCUCGAAGUUAUCCUUAGCUGGCCCACGCCUAACUACAUUGAUCCUCCCACUCGCAGUCAUGCCGUGCUCAUCACGAGCAUCGUUUUCCUGAUUCUGUCUACCAUAACAACCGUCCUUCGAAUAUACGUCCGGCUAAGAAUUACGCGCACCGCUGGUCUCGAUGAUAUAAUGGCUGUCUUGGGCUUGGGCUUCGGAAUCGGCAUGUCCGUCAUUCUAUGCAUAGCUACUGAAAACUGGGGCUGGGUCAGACAUAUUUGGGACGUGCCGCUGGAAUGGAUACCGAUGGUCUCCAAGCUGAACCUCAUCUUCCAAAUUCUUUUUUCCCUGUCCUGCUCCUUGACGAAGCUUUCAUUGUUAUGGUUCUGCAAGCGCCUACUUAUUGUGGGAAGCAAGGGCAUCUAUUCGAUGUAUAACAUCGCCAUGAUAGUGGGUAUGGUGGUUGUGGCCAUUUCCAGCGCCCUUUUUGUCCUCUUCAGCAUAUUUCAAUGCCGCCCAAUCAAGGCCUACUGGGAUCUAGAACCCCAAUACCCGCACACCUGCCUCGAUGACGGCGCCAUAGUUUUCUCCGCUAGUACCAUCAACAUCUUUACCGAUGUCGUGACCACUAUCCUACCUAUGCCAUUGAUUUGGAAGCUGAAACUACCCACUCGGCAGCGCCUUGCUGUGAUGGGUAUCUUUGGUCUGGGAAUCAUUGUUGAUGUCGCCGGUGCCAUACGAACAUACUAUGUCUGGAGGAGUAUGAUUGCCUCCUACGACACCACCUGGGAAGGUUGGCCUGUUCUGCUCGCAGCUACAGUGGAAAUCAAUCUCGGCUUGAUCUGCGCCUCUGCCCCUGCACUACGACCGCUGGUCAAUUUCUUCAUGCCCCGUCUUCUCGGCACCGCUUACCUUCAUAAUUCGGACCGCGAAUAUCACUCCAAAGAGUCCAAGUACUCGAGGCAGUCAUGGAAGCUAAAGUCUUGGAGCGGGAUUUCAUCAAAACCAUCUAGAGACUCGAACUACUACAACGUCGAGACGAAAAUGCCCAACGACCACCUGACAGUUUUCCGAACAGUGGAAAUGGAGACGCAUAGCGAAACUCGCACGUCUCAUAAUCCGACUGGGACCGCUUGUGAUAUCACCAGUCGACCUCAGUCCCUACUAGAAGAGGACGUGGUCCGCCUCACCAACAGUAGUGAAGCCCUAAAACACUCCACGUUAAGCGAGAGGUCAGUCUCGCCGCCGACAACCUCUAUUCGAAGCGACGUAAGGAGCAUUCCUCCUAGUCGCCAUGUCCGGGAAUCGUCGUGA